CAUCAUCAGACACGCAAAAAAUGAAUAGCACUGGCAAAGACAACCGAUCGAAUUUAUUUCUCCUAGUUUUAAUAGUCUUCAGCAUUUUGACGGGAAAGGUUGUCGGUGCGGUUGAUUCGCGUGUUUCGGUUUUAAGACAAAGUGAAAGGAAAAAUUUUAAUGAAAUACAACUGUUUUUGAGCACACGCUUACCAUAACCAUCGCCGCUGCCGUUCGAUAAUCAAGCAAUUCCAGAUGUUGGCUACAGCUCUAAUAUGGAUUGCGGCUUUACUAGCUGUUAUUGGUCCCCUGCCAUUAACCGUUGAUGGAAGAAGACAUAACUUAAAGAUUUUAGGUCUGUUUCCCCAUCCUGGCAUCAGUCACUUUCACUUCUUUCAUCCGAUAUUAAGAGGUCUGGCGGAAAGGGGACACGAUGUCACAGUUGUAAGUCAUUUCCCCGACAAAAGUCCACCAGUGGGUUAUACCGACAUACCAUUGACAGGAAAAGAAACAUUAGCAAACAGUGUGGAUCUGAAGGUUUUUGAAAAUCGCCGUUUCUACAAUCACUUCUUGGAGUUCUUCUUACUUUACGAAUGGGGUAAGGAGGCAUGCAAUCACACCCUUCGAUCAGAAGCCCUCUACAAAGUUAUGCGCCAAAAGGUACGCUACGAUGUUAUAUUGCUGGAACAGUUCAACUCGGAUUGCAUGAUGGGUGUGGCUCAUAUGUUGCAAGCACCCGUUAUUGGUCUCAGCAGCUGCGCUAUGAUGCCGUGGCACUAUGAACGCAUGGGCAUGCCCAUCAUACCUUCUUAUAUACCGGCAUUGUUUUUGGGACAGUCCGAAGAUAUGUCUCUGGGUGGUCGCAUUGCAAAUUGGAUUAGCUUUCACGCUUUGAAUUUAAUGUACAAUGUUUUUUCCAUACCGGCAGCUGAUGCCUUGGUCCAAUAUAAGUUUGGCCAUGACGUGCCAUCAGUCGGUGAAUUGGUGAAAGAGACAACCUUGAUGUUUGUGAAUCAACAUUUUUCCUUAAGUGGAGCAAAACCGUUGCCACCCUCGGUAAUCGAAUUGGGAGGGGUACACAUACAGAAAGCUAAACCGCUCGACGUUGAUCUACAAAAGUUUUUGGAUAACGCUGAUAAUGGUGUGGUGUUCAUAAGCUGGGGCUCUAUGAUCAAAGCUGAGACUUUACCCGUUGCCAAGCGGGAUGCCAUAGUAAGAGCGGUCAAACGUUUAAAACAACGUGUCAUUUGGAAGUGGGAAAACGAAACUUUGGCCAAUAAACCAGAUAAUAUGUACAUAAGUAAAUGGCUACCGCAGAGGGAUAUUCUCUGCCAUCCGAAUGUGAAGGUGUUUAUGACACAUGCAGGUCUCAUGGGCAGCUCAGAGGCAGCAUACUGUGGUGUUCCUGUAGUGGCAACACCAAUGUACGGUGAUCAGUUCCUAAAUGCAGCAGCAAUGAAACAACGCGGCAUGGGUGUCGUUCUUAACUAUGAAGAUAUCGAUGAAAACACAGUUUUGAAGGCCAUUAAAAAAGUCCUGGAAAAACAAUAUUAUGACAAUGCCAAAAUGAUCUCGUAUGCCUACAAACAUCGGCCAAACACAGCCUUGGAUACAGCUAUUUGGUGGGUGGAAUAUGUGGCCAAUACUGAAGGAGCUCCUUUAUUGAAAUCCAGCUCCACAUACAUGUCCCGUUUUGUCUACUACUCUCUGGACGUUUAUACCGUUUUGGGAUUGGUUGUUCUUACUUCAGUCGUUACAUGGGGACUACUGAUGCGCAAAUUAAAAACUGCCACACGUAAUAGAGGGACAACUAAAGUUAAAUCGAAUUUUGAAAAACCUGGUCGCCGUGCUGAUGUUGAUUAUCCCGAUUUUGCUAAGGAAGCUAUUACCAAAGCCUUAGCUGAUGCCAAAAUUUCCUACAAUGAAGUGCAACAAGCUACAGUUGGUUAUGUAUAUGGUGAUUCUACAUCGGGACAACGUGCCUUGUAUGAAGUUGGCAUGACUGGAAUCCCCGUCUUCAAUGUUAACAACAAUUGUUCGACUGGAUCCAGUGCCUUGUAUUUGGCUAAACAAAUUAUUGAAUCAGGAAAUGCUGAUUGCGUGUUGGCUUUCGGUUUUGAGAAAAUGGAACGUGGUUCGUUGUCUGCUAAGUACUUUGAUCGUGCCAAUCCCAUGGAACGACACAUUAGUGAAAUGUCCGAAUUAGCUGAAAUUGGACCUGGACCAAUGGCUGCUCAAAUUUUCGGCAACGCUGGCAAGGAACAUAUGAAAAAAUAUGGCACCAAACCCGAACAUUUCGGUAAAAUUGCCUGGAAGAACCACAAGCACUCCGUCAACAACCCCUAUUCCCAAUUCCGUGAUGAAUACUCUUUGGAGCAAAUUAUGCAAUCACCUGUUGUGGUCGAGGGUAUUCUUACCAAAUUGCAAUGCUGCCCUACUUCAGAUGGUGCUGGUGCUGCAAUUUUGGUUUCCGAAGCCUAUGUUCAUCGUUUUGGUUUAGAAAACCAAGCCGUUGAAAUCGUUGGCAUGGAAAUGGCCUCAGAUCCUGAAUCAACUUUCAAAGAUAAAUCUCUCAUGAAAAUUGCCGGUUAUGACAUGACAAAAAUGGCUGCUCAACGUUUGUUCGCCAAAUCUGGCUACAAGCCCACUGAUGUUCAGGUUGUUGAAUUGCAUGAUUGCUUCUCAGCCAAUGAAUUGAUUACCUAUGAAGCUUUGGGUCUUUGCCCCGAAGGUGGUGCAGGCGAACUCAUUGAUCGUGGUGAUAAUACCUAUGGUGGCAAAUACGUUGUCAAUCCCAGUGGUGGUCUUAUCUCAAAGGGCCAUCCUUUGGGUGCAACCGGUUUGGCCCAGUGUGCCGAAUUGUGCUGGCAAUUGCGUGGUUUGGCUGAAAAACGUCAAGUCAAGGAUGUCAAAUUGGCCUUGCAACACAAUUUGGGUCUGGGUGGUGCUGUAGUUGUUACUCUCUAUCGUUUGGGUUUCCCCAAAUCAGCUGGUGUCGUUAAUAAUUUGACUUCUGCUGCAACCCAUCCCACUGGAGAAGGAUUCAAGGUUACACCACUCUUGAAGUUGUUGGAUGAAGAAAUGCAAAAAGACGAAGAAAAUCUUAUCGAAAAGGCACGUGCAAUUUAUGGAUUUAAGGUCACUAAUGGCCCAGGUGGCAAAACCGGAUUCUGGGUUAUUAAUGCCAAGGAAGGCAAAGGCAAAAUCACCUAUAAUGGCAAGGAAAAAUGUGACGUUACAUUCAUAGUUUCCGACGAGGAUGUCACCGAAUUGAUGACUGGUAAUUUGCCACCCCAAAAGGCUUUCUUCCAGGGCAAAAUUAAAAUCCAAGGAAACAUGGGCGUAGCCAUGAAACUGAUGAACAUUCAAAGCGCCGCUCAAAGCCGUUUCGAAACCUUGCGUGCAAAAUUGUGUUCAAGUCCAGGCGGCACACGAUUAUUGUUGCGACUGGUCCGUGUAACAUUUGGUUGGGGUGGUGGCGGUACAUAUUGUGUUCCAACACUGUACUUUGAUCGUGCCAAUCCCAUGGAACGACAUUAUGAAAUGUCCGAAUUAGCUGAAAUUGGACCUGGACCAAUGGCUGCUCAAAUUUUCGGCAACGCUGGCAAGGAACAUAUGAAAAAUAUGGCACCAAACCCGACAUUUCGCUAUUCCCAAUUCCGUGAUGAAUACUCUUUGGAGCAAAUUAUGCAAUCACCUGUUGUUGAAUUGCAUGAUUGCUUCUCAGCCAAUGAAUUGAUUACCUAUGAAGCUUUGGGUCUUUGCCCCGAAGGUGGUGCAGGCGAACUCAUUGAUCGUGGUGAUAAUACCUAUGGUGGCAAAUACGUUGUCAAUCCCAGUGGUGGUCUUAUCUCAAAGGGCCAUCCUUUGGGUGCAACCGGUUUUGGCCCAGUGGCCGAAUUGUGCUGGCAAUUGCGUGGUUUGGCUGAAAAACGUCAAGUCAAGGAUGUCAAUUGGCCUUGCAACAAAUUUGGGUCUGGGUGGUGCUGUAGUUGUUACUCUCUAUCGUUUGGGUUUCCCAAAUCAGCUGGUGUCGUUAAUAAUUUGACUUCUGCUGCAACCCAUCCCACUGGAGAAGGAUUCAAGGUUACACCACUCUUGAAGUUGUUGGAUGAAGAAAUGCAAAAGACGAAGAAAAUCUUAUCGAAAAGAUUAAAAAUAAUGUGCUACACCAUUAAAUUAGUAUGUGCGCUUUGUCUGAUGAUAAUAGUUCCCAACGAGAGCAAAGAAAUUCUGGGAAUAUUUCCGCAUUUUGGAUACAGCCAUUUUAAAGUUUUCUAUCCGUUACUGCGCAACUUAGCCGAAAGGGGUCACAAUGUAACGGUUAUCACACACAUUAAAAGUCCUGAUCCACAUUUGGCGACAUACGAGGAGCUUCUUUUGGAACAAAUGGAAGUUGUUAAUGUGGUUCCCCUGACCGAGUGGAUGCCGAGAACAUGGAAAGGUCUAAUUGACGAAUAUGUGGGUUUGCAUGUAGAGGGUCAGGAAUCGUGUGAGCGUCUCUAUGAAAGUGGCUACAUACAACAAGUACUCCAGCGUCACGAAAGGAAACCAUAUGACAUAGUUAUUACGGAAUACUUUAAUUCAGACUGUCAAUUGGUAGUUCCCUACCUAUUGAAAACGCCAAUUAUUGGCCUGAGUAGUUGCCUCUUGAUGCCCUGGUACUAUGAUCGCAUACUCUUGCCAGAUAUUCCAUCAUUCGUUCAAUCUGAAUUUAUUGGAUUUGCUACACCUCUAAAUUGGCAAGAGAGACUAACAAACUUUUUACAAGCAAAAGUCUUAUCGCUUCUCUAUCGCUAUCACACCAACCGUCUUGACAAUGAAUUAAUACGUCAUAACCUGAAUGUCACGGUUGAUGUCAAUAACAUUGCACAACAACAGACUGCUCUUGUAUUUGGUAAUCAACAUUAUUCAUUGGCUGGUAUACGUCCUCAUACCGAGCAAUUUGUUGAAAUUGGCGGCAUUCACAUCCAGGAAGACAAAGUCCACGAGAAAUUAUCACCUACAAUUGAGGAGUUUUUAGACAAGUCUAAUGAAAAAAGUGUCCUCUUUAUUAGUUGGGGUUCCAUGAUUCGCGCUUCUACUAUGGAAGCAACGAAACUGAACACCAUACUUUCCGCUUUGGAGAAAAGUAAAAUUAGGGUCGUUUGGAAAUGGGAAACCGAUGACGUUCCAAUAAAAAAUGAAAAUUUUCUUUUUGUCAAAUGGGCACCACAACUUUCGUUACUAUGCCAUCCUAAAAUAAAUCUGUUUUGGGGUCAUGGAGGACUUCUAGGAACUACAGAAGCUGUCUAUUGUGGCAAACCAAUGAUCUUAACCCCAAUUUAUGGUGACCAAUUUGUUAAUGCCUUUGCUGUACAAAAUCGCAAAAUAGGAAUAAUUUUAAAUUUUGAGGACAUCAAUGAAAAGAAUUUGGACAAUGUCUUAAAGGAAAUGCUAAAAAACACAAGAUAUGAAAGAAACGCCAAAGGACUAUCCAACAUAUUUCGUAAUCGUCCGAAAAAACCCCUGGAAACGGCGACUUGGUGGGUUGAACAUAUAUUGGAACAUCAACAAGCACGUGAAGUUUUGCAUUCACAUGCUGUACAUUUGAAUUGGUUUAUAUACUACUCGUUAGACUCGAUUUGUAUUAUACUGGCAGCGCUUUUUGCACUGUUAUUAUUUUUACGAUAUGUUAUAAAAAGUACUCUGCAGUCAUGCAUAAAAAAAGGAAACAAGUUGAAGAGCCAAUAGUUUAAGCACUUUUAAACUAACUUUUAAAAUAACAUAUCAAUGUAAGAGCUCUCUAUUGACGACAUGACAAUGCCAACGAAAAUGUUACAACUUCAUCAGUGAAAUGUACUUAAAAGUGAUGUAAUGUGCCUUCUAUACAAUAGUUGCAAUAGUUUUCAAAUAUAAGAUAGUUUUAUUGUACAUAAAUAUGAUUUAAAAUAACUUUUUUUUUAAUGAAAUGUCUUUUAUGCGUAGAUCUUAAAUUGCAACACAUUUAAAGUUACAUUGUAAUAGUUCUGAUAAAGUUUGUAAGCAUCGUCAAUAUCAGUGUUUUGAAUGUUCUUAUAACUGGCAUUGAGUAAUGAAAGUUCCUUAUCAUAAAGUUAUUUUUUGUCCAGCGCUUACGUGUUAACGAAGUAUGCCUAAUGUAUGUCUUGACCAAGGCCUAUCUAUAUAAGGUAGGAUUUGACUUUCUUUGAAUUUAAUUAUGUAUUUUGUACGGGGUUACUGGUCAAACUUAUGAAGGCCUUCGUCCUGGCCUAUUUUUUACUGUCUACGUCUUAUAAUAUUUACUAUUGAAUUUCCUAUUACUUAAGGAACUGGUAAUAACAAAAAAAUUAAAUUCUGAUACACAGUGCGUCGUUCUACAUCUAAUUUGACAAUUUGAUAAGAACAUCCAACACUUUUAUUCUUGUAGGAUUGAGACUUUAAGAAUGAAAUUUUAAAAUUCACAUUUUUGAACUCAAAUAAACAUAAAAGAAAAAAUAACUUACUAUAAAAAUUGUCAAAUCAUGUUAUGUCUAACUUAACUUUGCAUAACUUUUUUAGACUAGCAGUGAGUCACAUAACUUUCUAGCUUGCCUCAUUUCUCCUUGAACACUAGCAUUGUCAUUGCAUGAAUGUCAUUAACAAUUUUUUAUUGAUCAGUAUUUGUAGGAGUAAAAUUGUAAUGAAUUUUUCUAAACAUUUGAUUUUGUUUUGUUCUUUUUAAAAUCAACAAUAUAAAAUAAAUAUACAGUAGAACCUUAA